UCAGCUGGUUGGGGUGAUGGCCUGAUCGAGCUCAUGUCGAAAUGAAUGUUCAGAGUGAAUCUUUGCUCUUCUUCAUCAUUGUUGAACGUCGUGUCGCAGAAGCAGUUGCUUUGUUUGCGACAACCACGACGAAGUAAUGCUUGACGUUUCCAUGAGAAGAAGCCUCUGCUGGCAAGAUGUCCCGUACUCCCCUGAUGGAGGCCUUUAGGCUGGCCUUCCGCGUCGGUGUCCUCUUUUCAGUUGGCAUUCUGUGCUCGAUGGUGCUAAACCCAUUGCAGAUUCAACAUCGAGUGACAACUCUGUCGAUGUUCACUUGGUGGGUCGCACCGUGCUGUGGAGCUGCGGCUGUCUUCAUUGGCUUGGUCUAUCCGUGCGUGGAUGACUGUGUAGGACAUGGCGAUAGUGCUAUUCUGACUGACUGGACCAGUGUCAUGCGCUGUUUGGUCGUUUUCCUGGGCAUCAACCAAGCAAGUGUCAGCAUACCGUAUUCUGAUGAUCAGCACCUUGCUUUGUCGUUGGCUGCCAUGUCACUGGGUAUGUGGUUUCUGUUUGACCGUACCGCCUAUGGCUUUGGACUUGGCAUCAGCGUUGCUGCGCUGGCAACGUUUGUAGCCCAGAUCUUUGUCUUCUCCGACUUCUACACGUACACUCAUCCCGAUUUCCUCUUUGUUCGUUCUUGGCUUCCGGCUAUUUUCUUCUGCGGGGGCGUCACGUUUGGCCACCUUGGCCGGAAACUCGCCGAUGUUGAUUUGGUACCACUGAAUAUGCAUGAAAAGGUUGAAUAAGUUCCUGAUCAUCAACUAACUUGAGACGCUGACACAAAUCUGUACAUUGACCACAUGUGGACUGCACACGUGUAUUUUAAGACUAUAUCGUAGAGCUAUCACACCUCUCAGACCAGGAUGGUAGCAAUGGCCUGUGCUGUAGAUGACCGUGUUGUGAUGGUCUGCUGCAGACCAUGUCUCACUCGACUGUAGGCAGGUGUUGCUAUGUUUUACCCCGUCCUCCUAUCUUUCUUUAUUUUUAAUCCUAGGCACUGCCUAGUCACUGUCAUUUGAUGCUGAAUCUUUGCUGAUGCAAAGUAGUCUGCACCGUGCUAUUUGCUGGAAUAUUAUUACUGUCCUCGCUGGGAGCGAAUGCUCCUCUUCUUCACCCGAAGGGGCUCAAGUCGCUACUGCUGCUGUGGCUGCUUGUACACCGCUGUUUACUCCACUUUGCUCUCCGUUUCCCCUGUAUCAAGCUGGUCUUGUUCUGAUGCUGUGCUGAUUAUUAUAAGCGCUGGCCUCUAUCUUACCAGUAAGCCUUUACUUUCCACCUCUGUAUGCCAUACCACGAGCUGUGAGCUCGGGGACCACCAGCCUCUGCUGCUAAGUCUCGUGCGUUUCAUCCCGCUCAACAACGCAGUGAACCACUGCGAUACGAUUCACUUCCUAGACCUGUGAAUGCGGGCUGGUCUCGUACUUCAUGUUUUCGUUUCCAUUUUCAGCAUGGCCUUUAGAUACACUAUAUAGAUAUAUCCAUCCACAUCCGUCGACUCAUGCACAUGAACAUGUGACUGGUCAUCCAUGGUCUGUUUGCCUUGAUACUCAGCUUUAUCUCUAGUUGCAGUUUCUUUUCCUCUGCUGAACUUCACUCAAGUAAAAUAGAAUGAUUAGUGAGAAACUAAAUUUCAAAAGCAG